GCAGCAGCAGCUCUUCCAGCGCGCAGAUCCAGCGGGCUCAUGCCUGCCCCACCCCCAAGAGCCACUCUGCUUCCAUCCCAGCCCGACUGGGCAGCGCCUGCUGGUGCCCCUUCGCUUUGGUCGCCCUGCUCAUCGCCCCUCUUGCUGCGGCACUGUGCGGCUGCACCCAGGAGUUCUCAACCUUUGUAGACGGUAGGCACCCCCCAGCCCUAAGCUUGCACUCCUCCUUUUUUGAACUGCAGGAAAGUAGCAGAGCAGUUCCUCGGUUGCAAAUCGCUCAGGAAGCCCGUAACAAGCGGGGGUUUCUUUUUCAGCAUCCCCCUCCCCCCCGGCGGACACGGGGCCGGGGAAGCCCAUGGAUGCGCGGCGAGUCGCCCUGGCAUGGCUUAGCGGCAGCAGCACUCAACUGGUGGAGCUGCUGGGCUGCGCUGGGAGGAGGUGAAGCCCGGGACUUUCUGGCUCCGGCUCAGUCGGCGGCAGGAGAAGAGAGGCGGCGCGGCCGGGCCGGGGGUUGGAGUUCAUUUAUUUUGUUCCUGGAACAGAAGAGGAGAAAAGGGCAUUUCAGGUUUACUUGAUAAAGGUUAAAACUUCUCUUGGUGACUCGCAACAGUCUUGCUCCAAGCUAUGAGAAGGGUGAAGCAACAUUAAAACAAGAAGUUUGAAGGCUUGCUGGCAGACUUGUCUGAGGACCUGACAGAGCCGUACCAAAGGACUGUCGUGAAAUACGGAAAGAAAAGAAACAGGAGACUAACACGGGCAAAUCAGAAUCACUCCUCUCCUGCUGCAAUGGGUUGGCUAGAAGAACCUUACUGGCAUCUUCACAUUUCCUUGAUCAUGCUGCUAUCCAUGCAUACCAGGGCCAAUUUUCUAGACAACAUGCCUUUGAGGAGUUCUGGCAAGCUAAGCAUAGAGAACAGAAAAGAAGAUGGUGAGAGUACAGCCCCUGCUCCUCCCCAGAAGAAGCUGUCUUGUCAGUGCCAUCACCACUGUCCUGAAGAUUCAGUCAACAGCACCUGCAGCACUGAUGGCUAUUGUUUCACCAUAAUAGAAGAAGAUGAGGCUGGUGGGCAUUUAAUCACCAAGGGAUGUCUAGGACUAGAGGGCUCAGACUUCCAGUGCCGGGAUACUCCUAUAUCGCACCAAAGAAGAUCUAUUGAAUGUUGCACGGGCCAAGAUUACUGUAACAAACACCUUCACCCUACAUUGCCUCCACUGAAAAACCGAGAUUUUGUUGAAGGGAACAUUCACCAUAAAGCCUUGCUGAUCUCUGUGACUGUGUGCAGUAUACUCCUGGUGCUGAUCAUCAUAUUCUGCUACUUCAGGUACAGAAGACAAGAAACGAGACCUCGUUAUAGCAUUGGACUUGAACAGGAUGAGACUUACAUUCCUCCAGGAGAAUCCUUGAAAGACUUGAUUGAACAGUCUCAGAGCUCAGGGAGUGGUUCUGGGCUCCCUCUGCUGGUCCAAAGAACUAUAGCAAAACAAAUUCAGAUGGUAAAGCAGAUUGGUAAAGGUCGCUACGGAGAAGUUUGGAUGGGAAAGUGGCGUGGAGAAAAGGUAGCCGUGAAAGUGUUCUUCACCACAGAGGAGGCCAGCUGGUUCAGAGAGACAGAAAUCUAUCAAACGGUCCUCAUGAGGCAUGAAAACAUUUUGGGGUUUAUUGCUGCAGAUAUUAAAGGUACAGGGUCUUGGACUCAAUUGUAUCUUAUCACUGACUACCAUGAGAAUGGUUCCCUCUAUGAUUAUCUGAAAUCCACUACCUUAGAUACAAAAGCUAUGCUAAAAUUGGCCUAUUCCUCCGUUAGUGGCUUGUGCCACUUGCACACUGAGAUCUUCAGUACUCAAGGCAAACCAGCUAUUGCCCACCGUGAUCUGAAAAGUAAGAACAUUUUAGUGAAAAAGAAUGGAACCUGCUGUAUUGCAGACCUGGGCUUGGCAGUUAAGUUUAUUAGUGAUACUAACGAGGUAGACAUCCCACCAAACACCCGCGUAGGAACAAAACGAUAUAUGCCUCCUGAGGUGCUGGAUGAAAGCUUGAACAGAAAUCACUUUCAGUCCUACAUCAUGGCUGACAUGUAUAGUUUUGGCCUUAUCCUCUGGGAGAUAGCAAGGAGAUGUGUAUCAGGAGGGAUUGUUGAAGAGUACCAGCUUCCAUACCACGAUCUAGUGCCCAGUGACCCCUCAUAUGAGGACAUGCGUGAGAUUGUGUGCACCAAGAGGCUUCGUCCCUCAUUCCCAAAUAGAUGGAGUAGCGAUGAGUGCCUACGACAAAUGGGAAAACUCAUGACAGAGUGUUGGGCUCACAACCCUGCUUCCCGACUCACAGCCCUGCGAGUAAAGAAAACACUUGCCAAAAUGUCAGAAUCACAGGACAUUAAACUCUGAUUCAACAAAAGACAUGUCUUGCAAAAGCCCAUACCGUGGACUUUCCUUUACAGUCACAGGACAGAAAAAAGAAUCAAAAGACCUCAGUAAUAUGUUCCUUGCACACAAUCGUACUUCAGAACAACUAUAGGUUUGGCUGAUAGCUUUUGAGGAGAGUAUCCUUUGCAAAAUCAGCAGAGUUUGUGAUAUACAAGAUCAGA